UACCUGCAAGCGUUUCAAGUCCAGUUGACAAAGUUUCAUCCAUACAAUGCCUUCGCGCAUCUCCAUGGCGUCUCUGCGGUCGCUUCAGAUGCGCAUUUCAUCUCGAACCUUUUGCUGCUCCCAAUGCCUUGCGCAUCGCUCGGUAGCCCGUGCUAAUCUUCGAGAUCGCAUAUCCGCACUACGAGACAUUCGGACUGGGCGUUUCGCGUCAACAGCGACAGCGACCCGAAUUGAGGCCGAUGGUGUUGGUAGAUCACCGUACAUUGCGCCUACUACGGCGAUCAAUAAACCAGCAGACGUUGCACCGUCGAACAAGGAGCUGUAUGGCGCUCUUGAUCAGCUCAAGAUAGACGCAGCCAAUUACGUCGACUCCAGCAGACUAGCUCUGGCAUUGAGGAGCUUAGAAAGAAAUGAUGCAGUCAUCAGGAUUGCUAUUUUGUCGAUGAAUGGAGAUGUGCAUCAAGUGAAGAGGCUGGUGCGAUUGCUCCUCGCUGACCCGCUAGGAAAUGAGGAGGCGUGGGAGCAGGAGCUGCUGAGCAUGGAGCCGGGAGAAAGUGUACUUCUAAGAUAUGGGGACGAAGUCGACGCCGUACGGUCGAGUUCUCAAAUCCGGACUCUUCCGAUUCCCUCUUCUACGCUACAGAAGCAUAGGUUAGAAAUCCUUGUGUCGAAUUUACACUCAAAGAUAUCUGUUUCAGAAGCUACUCCAGAUGAAAUAGCUAUUAAGUCAAUAUUGGUUCCAGCCCUCGACAGCCAAGCUACCUCGAGCGGUCAAGUUUCGCGACUUACGUACCCCAUCCACAAGGCACUACUUGUAGGAGAAGGUGUCAAGAGUUUGGUUGACUACGGAAGAUUUAUAUCUGGGGUAAAUUUGCAGGUUCUACAGCCAGAGAUGGUUCAAAUCGCUGCAGAAGCACCAGCACUAUCAAGUGUCGAUUCUUCUCAACACAAGCUCGGCGAUCCGCUGUUACUAGACGUUCAAUCUGGUGAACAUGCUCUGGCUAGCAUUCGCCAAUCGAUCCGUAAUGCUAUUGCUUGGGAACACGGGUGGUUCAAGGCGGGAAUACCACCUCUAUCUUCGUGGCUGGUCGCAGGAACAGUGAGUGCGAAUGAUGAGCUGAAACCUGCUGUGAAGAAGCUGGUGGAAUCUGUCUUGGAACACGCAGAAACAUCCAUUUUAUCUGCAGAAAAUGCAGCACAGCUAGCGGUACAUGCUGCAACUGUACCUGCCAGUAUUCGGCGUGACAUCCUUGCUGCCACAGCGUCGUGGUCAGAAGACGCUCAUAACGAACUUCGUAACCAGCUGGAUCUGGCCUUCUCAAGCAAAAAUUGGGCCCGCCUGAAAUGGUACAAGCUUUUCUGGCGUAGUGAUGAUGUAACGAUGCUAUUAUCAGAGAUAAUGGAGCAGCGAUGGCUUCCGGAGGCUGAGAAGGGCGCCAUUUACCUUGCCGGCAGGAUCGAAGGCUCAGGCUUAAUGGAUUCAAAUGUCAAGAUGAAACUCUCGAAUCAACCUACAAGCUUGCCAGAAGCAGCUCCUGAGCCUGCCUCAUCUGACAUCACGCAGCCCAUUGGCCGGCAUAAAUAUCCGAUGCAAAUCGCUCGAACACGCGAAGCGCUUGUCUCGAAAACCAUCCCUGCCUUACAAGCACUUUCACAAAAACUAGUACUCGAAACAGGUUCCGCCACUGCCAUCACUACAACCCUCACUGCCAUGGCAUACAUUGGCUUUGCAAAUGCCACUCUAUUCGAGGCAGGCGCCAUCUUCGCCUUUGGUGUUGUCAUCAGUCUGAAGCGGUUGCAGAACAAAUGGGAAACUGCACGCGACUUCUGGCAGGGCGAAGUUCGUGAAGAAGGGCGCAUUGCACUCAAGAAGACCGAAGAUGCUAUCAAGGAAAUUGUUGAGAUUGGCGGUGUUGGUGCAAUCGAUGAGAAGGGUGCUGAAGAUCGCCGGAAGGCUAAAGCUGCUGUUAACGCAGCAAGAGAGGCAUUGCGCAGGAUGAAGUAAAGUGAUAGAGCAUGCAUACCUGCACGGUUAAUAUUCGCUCUUCUGCAUCACAAACUCCGAGUAUGCGUGCGCUAUCUCUUCAAAUUGGAGAUUGGCGACCUUGCGUUCGAAACGAAGUGGAGUACUUUCUUGAUGGCGGCACUCACCAUAGGGAUAAAAAAUGGGAAUGUUUGAAUUACAACACCGCUUUCAAAAGAGCACAAGCACCAGUCGCGCGUGUCUCAGUUGCUCUAAACAGACAUUCGGAGAAUCCUUUUUGCUGAUCACGGUGCACCUGUGGAAUGUCCUACGUCUAGACGGGUUCGCUCUUUCAGACUUGUCUCAACAUCGAGCCCUCGGACAUCACAAUGUUUGUUUGAGACGAUUGACAGUCUGGGUCUGCACCGUACAUUAAAUCGAAGCCCGAAGGCGUUUUGAGACGUCUAUCCUGUUAUCCCACCAUCCUCAACAUAACCAAGGAGAGCAGACAGAUAGAAUUGGGUUUUUAAACAAGUCACAAAGGAAAAUUUUUAGUCUCCGAUGGAUUUAAUGAGGUGGAAAUGAUCCCCAAAGUUGCGAAAAUGGCAUCACGUAGUUUCGUUCGUGUCCGAAGACUUUCGUAGUGUUUUGUUGUAUAAAUGUAAUGGAGAAUCGUGAUCGUCUUGUUAGCACCAUCGUUUUUCGAACUGUAUAGUAAUUUUCAUCUUCUUAAGCGGCUCUGGCUACAUGAAAUGCAGCAACUGGAGGCCGG